UGUACCCUAUCUUUUGUGACUUGCUCUAGUAUUGACGGGAAUAUUAGUGUGGAAUGGAUUUAGAAUGUGUCAUUAGAAGGUGUUAUUCCAUAAUCUUGUAAAUCAUUUAACGGUGGUGUCCUUAAUUAGCAUUUAUGUGUUAUUUUUGAAAGAAAAUAACUUAGUAAAGUGGAAUACAAAAAGAGAAUUCAUCUUGAAGAUUGCUCAUCUUUGGAGCUUUAAAUGCAACCUCUCUACUGAAUAUUUUUCACCUUACUUGGAAAUUUCUUGUUGUAAGCUAUCAUUAUAUUGUAUUUAUUAAAUUAUUUAUUUCCAAAUAUUUUGCAUAAUUUGUCACACAUUUUUUGAUCAUACGGAUGAGUUUCUUGAGAUAGACAAUGAACGAUAAUAAAAAGGUAGGUGAAAAUUCCAGUAGUGAGGUUGUUAAUCAAUUUCGAAGCUGUAGGGAUGUGAGCGAUAUUGUACCACUGUAUACACCACGUGCGCUUUAUCUAAAACCACUUGCAAAAGUAAAUGUGUCUGUUAAUCUUCCCCAACUGAAGACGCCAGGAAAAACUAUAUCAACAUGGGAGGUAAUGGAGAAAAUACGAACACUCAUACUACCAGACGAGUUUGCUUCUCUGAAAGUAGCCAAAAGUACUUUGGAAUUCAUCAGACUGGAAGGAGAUCUACGAGACAGGUGCAGACUGCAGCGUGUAUUAGCAAGAUUGGAUGCUCAGCGUUUAAAUUUGGCCGGAUUUCCCAACGUGCUCAAAAUUCGAGCAGCAGAAGCAAAGGAUGAUUUUCCUACUAGGCAUAGUUGGGAUUCAUACUUCAGAGAUGCCAAACAUAUGAAUGAAUUAAAACCUGGAGAAAGACCAGAUACGAUACAUAUUUCAGGACUACCGGUCAAAUGGUUUAUCGACGAUGGAGGAAAUGUACCUAACGAAUUACUUAUCAGUAAAAUUUUUAAGAAAUGGGGUCCUAUUAGGCGCAUCGAUGUACCUGCUGCUGAUAGAUACAGGCCAAGAAUGCGGCUUGGUUCAAAUAUACAUAAAUUCAGCUACGAAGAUGGAAUUUUCUUUGAUGCUUAUAUUCAAUAUAUUGAAUAUAUGGAUUUUGUUAGAGCAAUGGAUGCUUUGCGUGGUAUGAAACUUCUUAAAAAAGAAGGACAAAAUGCUCUUACUGCUGUGAUAAAGGUUGAUUUUGAUAAGACAAAGCAUAUGAGUGAUAGUACUGUUGCUCACAGAGAAUUUGAAAGGAAACGUCUUAUAGCGCAGGAUAAUUUGGCUGCAGAAAGGCAACGUAGGAAGGAAGAAGUCGAAGAGAAGCGUAGAGAGGAACAAAAAAAGAAAGAAGAAGCUGAUUCAGUGGCUAAAGCUAGUAGACGACAAAAACGAGAGGAAAAACGUAAACGAAAAGCCCUUACGAUAUUUCGUAAGCAGGAAGAAGAUAAAGUUUCAAUGAAAAUAGCUAGAGAAGAACAAAAAUUAAUCAAAGCACAAAGGCAGCUUGAAAGUAUCCGUCUUUUAGACGAAUUGUUUGAUAGGAUAAAGAUAAAAGUAGAAAGAAACGAAAUUAAAUUGGAUCAAAUAUCAAAUUCCGAUAUUAAGAAGGAUGAUAAGAAAAACGAAAAGAUCAAUGAAAUUAGCACGAAAUCUGAGUCGGGAGACGAAAAGAAAAAUAAAAAAAUGAAAAAGUUAAAAAAGAAGAAAAUAAAGAAAGAAAAAAAGAGAAAACAUAAAAAGGAUAAAGGAUCUGGUUCUGGUAGUGAAACAGAUGCUACAGAUGCUGAUAAUUCUAGAAAAAAAAUAAAAAGCGUCUUAACAAAAACGGUCACGUAUCCACCAGCAAAUACAGGUCCAGUUCCCGCAGCUCCAGCACUUCCAUAUCCACCACCAAUUUAUUCAAGAUUUCCUCAACAUUGGUAUUACGAAGCAACAUUACCAAUGAUGUAUCCACCAAUAACAAGAGGCAACGGUAGAGGAGGUUCGCGUUUCUUACGUGGCAGAAAUCGAGGAUUUUUAUCUUGGCGUGGUGGUGGAAAUGCACAUAAUCUACGAGGAUUUAAUCCACAAUUCUACAACGAUCAAUAUUACAAAUAUUUUGCUCAUUUAGCUGGUCAAGAUUAUCAUGAUUACGAGAGCGAUUAUGAGAGAAGUUCCCGAUCUCGUAGUCGUAAAAGAUCAAUCUCUCGAUCAAAAUCUCGAUCAAAGUCAAGAUCCACGUCUAGAUCGAGAUCUAAAUCUCAUCCAAAAUCCAGAUCUAGAUCGCGAUCUCGAUCAAGGUCGAGGUCAAGAUCAAGAUCAAGAUCAAGAUCCAGAUCGAAAUCUAAAUCUCAUACAAAGUCAAGAGGUGGAAGAUCGCGAAGUCAAAGACGUAGCAGAAGCAAAAGUAGAUCUCAUUCGAGGAAAAGUAACAACAAAAGAUCAAAAACGAAAUCUAAAUCACCACCAUCGAGAAAAAGAUCGCGUUCACGUCGAUCAAGAUCAAGAAAAAAGUUUCGUUCGAGAAGUCGUUCAAGAUCUCGUAGUAAUAAUUCUAGAAGUCGAUACAAUAGACGUAGACGUAACGUAAGAUCACCUUCCAGAGUGAAAAUCACUCGAGCAAAAUCACGUUCGGUAUCGCCUAAAAGAAGAUCACGUAGCAGUACGUGGUCUAUGCCAAAGUCAUUGGAUAGAAGAAGUUGUUCGUGGUCAAAAACUAUCGAUAAUACUAAUUCUACUGGAGAUACUCAAGAAUCUAAGGAAAAGGAAAAGGAAAAAGAUAAUAAAAAUCAAGAAACAGCUAAUAAAGAAGAAUCAAGAUCUUCGCAUACAGCAACAAUAUCGGAAAAGUAGCCUAAAAAACACAUUUCUUUUAUCCAUGUGUUUUUUUUCUUUUUUUUAAUAUAAUAUAUAUAUAAUAUAUAUAUUGUAUAAUUUAAUCAUAUUUUUUGUCGACGCAUUAUCUCAAAUAAGUUCUUUCUUUCUUUCUUUACUUUUUUUUUUUUUUGUAAUAA